GUGAUUUGUCAUAUUAUAAAGAAUUACUCUUCUAUACCCGAAAUCUUUAAUGGCAUCAUCUCUUUUGCCUGCUCCAUUUCUUCCCCUGAUCAUCGCAAUUCUUGUUUCAGUACUUCACAAAAAGCCAUCUUUUUUUAAUUUUUUUUUUCUUUUUUUUAACAUAAACUGUUAAUCUGUCAUCAGUCACUAAAACUUUACAUUUCAACAAUUUUGGUUUGCUGGGCAAUUUAGUACUUUGAUUGUUUUUUGGUCUUUUAUCUUAUUAGGUUGCAGGAAAAGAGAUUGAGUAUGGUGAGAAAUACCCAAUUGUGGUGAGUACAUGGCCGUUUGUGGAAGCUGUUAGAGCUGCUUGGAGAGUUGUUGAUGGAGGGUUUCCAGCUCUUGAUGCUGUUGUUGAAGGUUGUUCUGCUUGUGAAGAACUCAGAUGUGAUGGUACAGUUGGACCUGGUGGUAGUCCUGAUGAGAACGGAGAAACAACUCUAGAUGCUUUGAUUAUGAACGGGCUUCUAAAGCAUUGCAUAGGCAACAAUGGAGAUCGGUGCUGUCGCUGCCAUGAGGUACGUGAAAGAUGGAAUCCGAGCUGCAAGAUUAGUUAUGCAAUACACUGAACAUACUUUGCUUGUUGGAGAGAAAGCGUCGUUGUUCGCUAUUUCAAUGGGUCUUCCCGGACCUAUGAACCUUAGUUCGGAGGAAUCACUACACAAAUGGAAUAAGUGGAAAGAGAAUGACUGUCAACCUAAUUUUCGAAAGAAUGUUUCUCCUUCAAACAGCUGCGGUCCUUAUCAUCCGAACAUAAAUUCAGAUUUCAGUGACACAUCUUGUUCUAGUCUGAAUCACAUGGGAACUACUAUUAGGAAAAUAUUGCCUGUUAACAUCUUCAACCAUGACACAAUUUCGAUGGCUGUUGUUGAUAAAGUGGGACAUGUAGCAGUUGGUACAUCUACGAAUGGAGCAACUUCUAAGAUCCCUGGCAGGGUUGGUGAUGGUCCUAUUCCGGGGUCUUCAGCAUAUGCCGAUGAUGAAGUUGGUGCAUGUGGUGCAACAGGAGAUGGUGAUAUUAUGAUGCGCUUCCUUCCAUGCUACCAAGUGAUCGAGAGCAUGCGACGAGGAAUGCAACCUAAGAUUGCUGCUGAGGACGCAAUAUCUAGAAUCGCUAUAAAGUUUCCCAACUUUAUUGGAGCUGUUUUUGCUGUAAGCAAGAAUGGCUUACAUGCGGGUGCAUGCCAUGGGUGGACAUUUCAGUACUCUGUUCGAGUUCCAAGCAUGGAGGAUGUUGAAGUAUUCACUGUCACUCCUCAGACAGCUAGCCCUCAUGUUCCUUAGCGAGGCUCUAAAUUCUUGCAGUUCUCGAGUUCUUCAUAAGCGGCCCUAUUCUUUCCGUUUUUAGUAUAUAGUCAGGUCGUUUGCUAUAUGCGAUGAAUAUUUGGUUGAACGAAAAUUGAAUGUGGAUGGCUAGGAAGUUGGCAUUGUAACUCAUGUAAAUAAGUAAUGCAGAUGCAUUUCUGUAAUUCAGUGCAUUAUCAAAUCAUCAUUUCUUCAAUGAGUAAUGCAGAUGGCCGAUGGGUUGUGUUAUGAAUAGUAGUAUACUAAUGUGAUUAUGGGAGUAUACUAUUGCGUGACUUGAGUGCACUUUAAUGGGAUGAAUUCAUGAGUGUGACUCUUGAGUUGUGGAAUCCAAAAGGGUGUAAUAAGGUGAAGAGUAUUCAUGGGAAUUAUUGGUGUUAAUGAAGAUUAAGGUGAAGAGUCUCAUGUGUGUGACUCUUGAGAUAAUGCCUUUUCAAGUUCUUAGAGUUAUUUCAUAGUAUUCAUUACCCUAAAUUAACUAUGUAUUUAUGUGAGCCAUUCAUUUUCAAGUACCUAGCACUAUAAAUAGGGCUCUCAUACCCACACUUCAAGUAUGCAAAACACAUCAAACACAACCCUUAAGCCAAACACAUAGCCUAUUGUUGUUAUCUCUAUCUCAAUUGUAAUUCUUCAUAUUGAAGUGUUGUUUGUAUUCAUUUGAUAUAAUAUAAACAUAAACUACACACCACGGAGG